AUGGACGGACCCGGAGGAGAAGGAGACGACGGACAGUCGGAUCAUCAGCAGCAGGGGCAGGACAAUGAACACCGUCCUGCGGCGGACGCGCAACAGCUGGACGUACCCAAACCGCCGGCACGCCGCCUGUCGCGCAGCACAAUGUCACUGAAGAUUGCACCUGAUAUACCGCCAAAACCGCCGAAAUUCCAGUUUUUCCCAUCGUCCCCGACCGCCAUGUGCCUGACCAUGCCCAUGACCCCGAUCGCCGACCCGACCAUCCCGAAUGGGUUUUCGCCGCAACUUUACCAGGCGUACACGUCAAACAAAGCCACCGAUUUUUUCUUCAAACAACUGGACGGAUUCAAAGAUAUCGUAUCCACGGCCAAAUCGAGAUUAAGCUUUGGCGAACGAGCCGUUUUUUGGAUGUACGACAAAAUCAGAGAAUGGUCUAGAAAGUGGCUUACUCAUUUCUUCCUACUCUUCAUUGCUGCUGGUUAUUGCGCAGCUGGAGCGCUAAUAUUUCAGGCAGUCGAAGGGUCGAAAGACCAAAACAUAGUUCCCAGAGAAAGAGAACAGUUGAUUAUAAAUCUUGCCAAUCUAAUGGAGAAAAUCGUAAAAAAAAAUGACUCAACAUUUAUAGAAACCAGGAAUCUCAUUCAAAAAUACGAAUCAUUUUAUGUACAGAACAACAAGCCAGAAUGGAAUUAUUUAAACGCCGUAUUUUACUGUGGCACAGUGUUCACGACCAUAGAUUCUAUUGCUAUCAAUUAUUAUUAUUGGUCAUUGGUGUUUUGUGCUGAACAAUAG